AGUGUCUGAUUUCUGUGUUGCUGGGCUGAAGGCUGAAUUAGACACUUAAGUAUCAAGAGCAAGUCAGCAAAGGCGCAAACACAGACCGGACGUCACACGAAGCGGAUCAUCUCCUGAUUCUCCUGAACAGGGCAAAGAACGCGAAAUCGUUUCUCAUUUGAGCUUGAAUAAGCCGUGAAAAACUCUUUGAGGUGCUGUCCGUGAUCAAGCUAACGUAGAAGAUGGACAAUAACUACAAAGUCAAGUUUGAAGUGAAAGGAAACAUGCCCAGCACUUCAAGGGCCAUUGGUGGUCCUGGCGGUGCUCAGUACAUGCCCACUGAAGGGACCGCCACCAUGACCGUCGAGAGGAAGUUUGACUCGUCCAACGCUCUUGAAGUGAUCAACUCCAUGAAGAGGGCUUCGAACGCGGCCUUGAAUUCGUUCAAGAAAGACAUCAAACAGCAGCAGCAGGCCAUUGACCAGGGAGGGCGCAGCUACGGCGGAAACAGCAGCAGAGCCAUUGAUUACAACCCUGGUGGUGGAAGCCGUUCUUCCUCCAGGGCCAGUGGAGGCUCCCGUGGCCAGAUGGAACCUUAUGGUGGUUCCCAAUACAAACCCUACAACAGUUACUAUUAGAUCACAACAACUGCCUUUAUUGUGGUCUGCAGAAUGAAUUAUUUUCUGUUAAGAGAACCUGCAGCUGUUUGUUUCAAAUUUUGUAUUGAUCAGGAAAACCACUCAAAGUAUCUUUAACUAAUAAAUUGCAUAAAUUUUUGUUUGCAGACUACAAUAUAGAUUAAGAUUAAGGAUAAAAAUGUUGUAAGAAUUAUGAAAUUAUAACAAUAAACACUUGCUAGAAAAUAAAAUGCUCUAACAAAUAUUCAAA